UUAAUAACAGAUGGCGUUUGACAAGUGUCCUUACAUGUAACAUUUCGGUUGCUUAAUUCCUUUUUGGAUGAAUUCUUAUUACAUCACAGAUUUACAAGUAGAUCACUCGAACACGAUUAAACGAUCCGCAGUAGCUGGUAUAGCAGUUUCAAAAUGUUGAAUUAAACCAACUUUCUUAACCUAUCAAAAUUGUUCACCUGGCUAGAGGGCUGAACAAUAAAAAUACAUCUGACGCGCAUAGGCCGGAAAGUUAUUAAACCAUCGUAUUAUAUCUAUUUUGAGGACUAUGCAAUGUGUUAAUCGGAUAUUUAUAUCACUUGUGCGCUGCUUUUCCAGCUAGUAGGCCGUACAAUUUGAGCUCGUUCAGUGUCAGCCUCGUCAGAAAUGUAUUAAAUUUUCCAAACAUUAAAUCAGUGCAAUAACAAUGGAUGAUGUAUGGUUUCGUCUAUCUUGUUACUUCGAUAAUUUACAGUUUGAGUGUAGGCAUAUUAUCGAUAAGGUUCAAACGUCAGCAGCCACCCAACAAGUGCAUCGGUGGAUUUUGUUAUGGUCGGAACAAUGUUGUCAGCUGCUUCGAGAACUCUACGACGGACUCCAAAGGGUCCAAAUAAAGGAAUCAUUGCUAGGCGCUCUCUAUUGGCUUCAAAGAAUAUGGGAGCAACUUCAGUUUCAGUAUUAUUCUUUGGAAUUCAAUCCCAAAGAUUUUUACAGACAACUAACGAACUUGUUGACAAAAGAAGUGCAGCGAAGAGAAUUAUUUUACUUCCUGGUAGGAUCGUCAAUAGGAGGCCUAAUAGGAUACAGUAUUGGUUCGCACUGGCCACAAAAGCCACUUCGAGUACAUCACAUGAAAGCUGUUAUAUGCCAUCAUUACAUUGGCAUAGAAGGUGUCGCCAUGAUCGAAGACGAGGAAAUACCAACAAUUGUACGGUCCGAUGAACUUCUGAUCCAAGUUAAAGCCACUUCUGUCAACGUAAUUGAUGUCAAGAUCUGUCAAGGCUACUCGAAAGCCUAUCGAAGACUUCUAAACUCAGGCAGACACAAAGACUUACCAGUUAUCCUGGGAAGGGACUGCGCUGGCAUCGUAGUGGACAUUGGACGUGGCGUUGUAAAUUUUGAUGUUGGCGAUGAAGUCUUCCUAGCUGUUCCAUCCUGGGCUCCUGGAACUAUGUCGGAGUACUUAGUCGUUCCUGAAGCUCAUGUAGCUAAAAGACCAAAACUAGCCACUUUUGAGUCAUCUGCAAGUCUGGCAUAUAAUGGGUGCUUGGCAUGGGAUGCUUUGGUAAAAAAAUCCGUCAUCGAGGAAGGCAAUGCCAAAGGAAAAAGAGUUUUAGUAUAUGGAGGCAACACUCCCAUCGGCUGCAUUUUGAUUCAACUCGUUAAAUUAUGGGGUGGACAUGUGGUUUCGGCCUGCAAGCCUCACGCCAUUCCUGUGAUAAGAGCUUUAGGAGCAGACGAAGUUAUCCCGCUAAACGACGUCAAUAUCGAGAAGGAAUUAGAACUUUAUGACAAAUUCAACGCUAUUUUUUAUACCGGUGGAGAUUUGUACACGCAAUGUACUCUGAAGAAACAUUUACUGCCUUACGGUUCCUACGUGUCUACCGUUCCUGAAAAUCUGACGUCCGAUUCUUUAGGAUUUAUCUUUGGGAGCAUAUUUUCAGGAUACGUUAGGAUUAAGUUAUUGCUGCAGUACCUUUUUGGGUGCAAUACUCGUCAAUGGAAGGAAGGUGCGAAAAUUAGCCCAGCGUACCUGCAAGCCCUUACCGAACUCGUCGAAGCCGAUCAAUUGCAAACCGUUGUGGAUCGGGCAUACACUCCUCAAAAUAUAGAACGAGCUUUGCAACACGUUCUAGACCCAAGUGCAAUAGGAAGUACUGUAAUUAAAUUCCAAUGACAUUUACACGUGUCCUGUAGAUGUUGAUCUUUGUAACAUACGAGCCGGGUCACGUUACGUAGUAUAUCCCACUUUUUGUAUAUAGCGCAAAGAGAAUAUUUGCGUCAUACGUUUAAGGUGAAGUGAAACACGUCGAAAAGUUUGAUCGACGUCGGUAAAAAAGAUCCUUCUAAAUACCUACGUUACCAACGUUUGUAUUUAUAUCGACAGCUGUGUCGAAUUGUAUGAAAUAGCAUUUUCCAUACGUCGUUUCCGUACAAUGUUUAUAAAGAAAUCAAAGUAAAACUCUGGAAAUUUCCUGGAUUCAUGGUUUUUUUUGUCAUAAUUGCCUGUAGAGCCAUCUGUGAUUUCCGUGUCAAUUAAAUUUUCACUCCGACACCUCAUAUUAUCAUCGUUUUAGCAUACAAGCGCACAAGACACUUUUUUUUGGCUUUAUCCCGUUCAAAUUCGAGUUUCUCGAUUACUUGAAUGUUCUAAAUUGUUGUACCAUUGUCUUGACACUUUCGUUUCUCAUAUCAGAGCCUUCAAUAAUUGUAUAACGAUUGAAAUAUAACAGCUCGACGCUAUUUCGGUUCUGGUCUAGGUUGAGUUAAGAAUUUUUUUUCAAAAAUCCAAGUUUUGACAGUGUCAAUGUUUCAGACGGUUCGGUCGAAUACCUUUUAAAAAAAGUGUCUUAUUCGAAUCGACUGAUUUAAAGGUAGUUUCGCUUCACCUUAAUCGACGUCGGAUAGUCAAUACUGAAUAUCAAUAGUAUUUCUUUUCAAGGAAAAGAUUGUUAAGAGAGUUAAGACCGGUUAAGACUGAUAUUAAGGGUUACUGAAAUUACAGUAAUUUGGAUAUGUGUACAAGUGCCUCGAAUAAGUGCCACGAUUUACAGAUCUGAAAUGAAAUCCCCGAUUCAACUUAGGUGCUCUGGAUUGUUAAUAGUUACCAUUUACAACUGUUACUUGAACUGUUUAUUGUCAGUUUGUAGUUAUAGAAGAACGAAUGUACUGUAAUGAAACUUUUGUUGGGUUACGUGCUUUCACAGACGCUGCGCAUGUAUUGUGACGUUUGGAUGUGCAAAGUGACCGUGACCGCUUUCCAAAUUCAAUUCCGCGAGCUAACAGCGAAUAUAUCAUUAUCGCAGCUACUUAAAAAGGACAAAUGUUUUUACAAAUCUUUAUAGUCUAUUUUAUCAAAUAAAUACAAUGACUGGAGAGAA